AUUCUGAUUCUUAUUUUGAAUUUGAAUUUGAUUUUGUUUUUUACUUCAUCUUCUCUCUCGAAUCUUCCCCGCAAAAUCCCAUUUGUUAAUGGUGGAAAUCCUUAGCAACCAGCUGUUCAUGUUCUCUUCACUCCCAUCGCCGGAGAUCGUAGUAUCGCUUUCCGAGGAAGUCUGGUGCUACCGCUGUCUCGGCGUCGGACCCUGAACACCAUCCUACAAAACCAUCGUUAUUAUUGGUUGUUCCAUCGGAGGAGUAGUAAGUAAUUGAGAGAUGUUGUUCAAGCAGAAGAAGGAUCAGGGCAGGAGAGGCGGAGGUAAACGGAUUCUGAUUACAAUCACCGUCGUGGGAAGCGCCGGACCUCUCCGGUUUGUGGUUGACGAGACGGAAGUGGUGGCUGCCGUCAUUGAGACCGCUCUCAAAUCCUACGCUCGUGAGGGUCGUCUUCCUGUCCUCGGAACCAAAUUCAGUGACUUCUUUCUUUAUAGUCCGAUCGCCGGAGCAGAAGCUCUGAAUCCAUGGGAGAUGAUUGGAUCGUUUGGAGUGAGGAACUUCAUGUUAUGCAAGAAAGCUCGGCGGCAGGUGGAGAUAACGAGGAAGAACUCCGGCAGCUGGAGGUCAUGGUUCCAUAAAUCACUUCUCAACUCUAAUUAAUUACCAUUGAAAGAUGAUGAGUCGAUCGGUUUGAUCAUUAUUCGAUUAGGGUUUUGGAUAUAUAUGAUCCAUGAAUGAUCAUGAUGUAUGCAUGCAUGCUGAUCUUUUUGAACUUUUAAUCACCAUCUUUAUUAAAUUAUGUUACAUGUAUUGUCUUUUAUAUAUAUUCACGAAUCCAAGACUCAAGCAAAAUUGGGAUUUCAUGUAGAAUUAAUAUUUAAU